GAAGCUUUAUCGUUUUCACUCUGCCCUGCUUGACCCUCAUCUUUCCAUAUACCCCGUGAUCUCCAAAACAACAUAACAAAGUGGGGGAAACAUGGCGAGCGGAGAGGAGGCCAGAAGACGCCCCUCGGUUACCUCCUCUUCGGUCGGCCUGGAGGCCCUGUUCCCUGCGGGGACGUCGGAGCAGGCGUGCGGGGACGGAAACCCGGAGCUCGUUCGCCUGCGGGAGCGUCUUCAGGGUUGGCUAUCGCAGUAUGAACUCCUGCUGCUGUGGGUGCAGAGGCUGCUGGUCUGGGAGAGGCCGCUGUACAGCAUCUUUGUCGCCCUGACACUGAACACAUUAUUCUGGAUCUUGUCCUCCACCUCCCUGCGGCCUCUGUUUCUGAUAAGCGUGUCCCUGCUGGGGCUCAUGCUGCUGGAGAGAUGGAAGCCCAAGUUACCCAUCAUUACUGUUCAACAUGUAGACGCUCAUCCUGCACAAAGUGAGACAAUGAGCGCAGAGCAGCGUCUGCUCAGCAUCCCCGAGCUCAGCCACCACCUGGCUGAGAGUUAUCUGACCUGUUGCAUGUAUCUGCAGGAGAUGCUGCAGUACAAACGACAGAACCAUGGCAAGUUCUGUGUGAUGAUGUGCAGUGGCUGUUUUGUUCUGGCUGUGGUUGGACAUUACGUACCAGGAAUCAUGAUCUCCUAUAUUAUAGCGCUGAGCGUUCUGUUGUGGCCGCUGGUGGUGUACCAUGAGCUGAUCCAGAGGAUGUACACCGGUCUGGAACCGAUCCUGAUGAAACUGGACUACAGCAUGAAGGGAGACACGGAGCACCGCAAACACGACAAGAGGAAGAUAAAGAAGGAGGUAGAGGAGGGGGACGAGCCCAGAGCUGAAACGGAGAGCGAGAGCGAGGAGGAGCUGUCCUGCUUUGCUCCAACGGUGGAUGUGAAAACUACGGCUCUGGCUAUGGCCAUCACAGACUCUGAGCUGUCAGAUGAAGAGGCAUCCAUCUUGGAGAGUGGAGGCUUCUCGGUGUCCAGAGCCACCACUCCUCAACUCACCGACGUCUCUGAAGAUUUGGACCAGCAGAGUUUACAAAGUGACCCAGAGGAGUCGUACCUGCGGGAUCUCCCUGAGUUCCCCUCAGUGGAGGAGUUCCCCUCCAUUGAGCAAAGUCUGCUUCACUUUCCUCUGCGAGGUUCAGGCCAGGCAGAGGGAGCCCAGGCUGACACUCAGUCCGAAGGGGAACCAUUGAGCCCCGCCAGCCUCCUUAUCCAGCACCUAGCAUCCCCCCUCCAUUUUGUGAACACACAUUUCAACGGACACGGUCGACCACCUGGGGGCGAAGAGGGCGCGGUGCCUGUGGCGGGCGUGGAUGGGGGAGGAGAGAAGACAGAGCCUGCAGUCACCCAGGGUGCACAACGUUCCUUGGAGGCCCUGAGCAAGGAGAUAGUGAGCACUGCCAUCUCCACUGUCGUGCAGAACACUCUGUCAGCCCUGCUGCGUUCCAGCGAGGCCAGCGAGGAGCCCUCUCUGGCUGAGUUUCUUCCCAGCGAAACCCCACCGGGCGCUCUGGAGACACCUGCCGACACCACUGCUAACACUACAGUUACCACGGCAGAGGAGCUCGGUCCUGACGAGGAACCAGAUGAGGCGAUCACAACGGAAAGUGGCACCGGCGAGGAGUUCCCCGACGACACACUAGUUCCGACCGAGGAAGAGGACUUUGAGCUUUUGGACCAAAGUGAACUGGAUGAGGAGUUGGACAUCAGCCCUGAAAGACAGGUGGCGGGAGAAACUCCAGACACACCUCCAUCCCCUCAGCAUCAACCACAGUCAUAGCUGCCCUGCUGCGCCCCUCCCCCAAUGUUUUGCUUUUAUUUGUAUGUUAAAACAACAUUAUAUUCAUGCAUACAGCUAUACAAAACCCAUUUAUCAAUGAGUUUGGAGUUAAAGGGUGUUGGUCAGUGAUUGUGUGGCAGAUGGUUGAGAUACUCGGUGCGUUCUGCUUUUAUAGCCUCACGUCAGAAGAGUCUGUUAAAGUCUUGGGAGUCGUGUCUACACCAGGACCGUCAUUAGCUUCUAUCGGGCAGCGUUCAUAAUUACACAGCUUUACUUUACAAUUAAAUGCACCAUUUCAUAUUGCAUUUAUAGUAAAGAGGUUUUGUGUUAUGCUGAGUGCUCCCCUGACAGGAGUGUAUUCAAUGAAAAGCAGGUUUGUGGCUUUAAUUAAAAGUUUAGAAACUUUUUUUUUUCUUUUAAGAACCCGUUUGAUUUCAGUCUCUUUAGUACAACAGUGAUGCCUUUAUUUUGUACCACGGCUAAAAGCAUCCACCUUGUUUUUUCAUUCAGAGGCAGAUGUCUAUCUAUAUAGGUGGCGUUAGGAAGAGUUGGAAUGUUGGAUUAACUGUUAAUAUAUGCUAUAAAUUAUUUAAUUUAAUGGUCAGUCGAUGAAACUUUAUAACUAAAGCAGAGGGGGAAUUUAAGAGUCUAUUUUAUCCCUUUGGUUAUCCAUAUAAAGAUUGUAUGUAAAUGUUUUAACGACAACACCAGGUUUGAAUCGUAGUUGCACAUUCCCACAGUUAGACGAGUAAAACGACACCAAUCCGCGUCCACACCUUUAGGGUUCAAAGUUAGAAAUUCCCAUUCAGUCGUUGCUGGUUUUUUCACUCGUUGCCUGAAAACGGAUUCUCUGACUUCAUUGGAUGUUGACAGCUAGUAGAUCUUUACCCACAUGCGAGUUCUUUAACGUGACACGAUAAGAGAAGUGUUCCCAAGUUUCCUCUGUGUGAUCAAUGCCUCAUUUUUAUUUACAUUUGUAAGUAGGAUUUAAUUUCAUACAUCCACGUGUAAUUGAAUUUGUUAUUUAUCUACAGACCUGUUAGAUAUGCCCGUGUACUGUUUGUACAGUGAUUACUGGGAUCUGUAUAUUUACCAAAUAACCUCCUUUGUACCAUGACAAGUUCAUGCAUGCCAUGCAUCACGCAUGUAUUUAACAUCAAUAUUUGAGGUUGAUUUUUCAGUUUUACUAGAGCAGAAUUUUUUUUCUGUUCUUGUAGGGAAUAAUACUGUCAUUCUGCGUCAUGUACCUGGGCCAAUGUUUGGGAUCUGUAUUCAAAAACAAGAUGGGGAAAAAAAAAAAAAGAUCAUCAACAAGAAAUUUAGCACCUUGUUCGACUGUAUGGAAAAGCCGAUUUUGCUCUUGUGAACCACUCAGCAUCCAAGUCUCAGGGUUGGGUUGUACAAAGUGAACAUACCAUUGCGCAAAAUGUGUCUGUUUCCCCCAACUUGUCGUAGUGCACUGCAUUUGUACUAACCUUCUCCUCUUUUUCAGUCAGCGCCUCCUUGUGCAUAGUGUAGAAAUGCAAAAAGUGUACAUUCUGCAUGUAAAAACGGCACCCUGUUCAAGUUCUCCUUGUCGGCUGACAAAGUACUGCACAAUUUGUGAAGAAGAAAAAAAAAAAAAUCAGUUUGAAUGUUUCAGGUUUAAAGAGUGCAUUAAAUUCAGCUUGUUUAAUAUUUCAUUAUCAGUGAGGAGAGUAAACGUUUUGAUGUGUCCUUACUUUUAAAAGGCCAACCAUCUGUACGUGGAGAUGGACGGUGAGCGGUGACGUCGGCUUUAGAGAACGAUAUUAACUGACUAGUUUGUGUACGGUAGUACUGUGAUUUAUGUUUAAAAUCCUGCUUAAACGUUAAAAAAAAAAAAAAAGUAACUUACUGAACUGUAAAAAUUUAAAAAAAGGAAUAUAUUUUCUAAUUUCUCCUUUUUCCAUAAAGUACUCAGUUUGAUCUUUUAUGUCUAAAAAUAUAACCUCUGGACGUGUUUCACAAAGCGGGACAGGUUUAAUGUGAUCAGACUGUGAUAUAAAACUGCAACUGCACAUGUGAAAAUAAAAGAACAAACUGAAACAAA